UUAAGUGGAAGUAAAUAAACAUUUCUGGCUGAUUUCAAGUGGGAUACUUCGAGAUCAUCACUGUACUAAUCUGCACAUUACCUACAUUGUCAGAGUGAAAUGGCAGCAGCAGGGGGUAGAAUAUCAACUCAUCUCUUUGUAGCUGCCAUAGAUUUUGGCACUACAUACUCCGGAUAUGCCUUCUCUGCCAAAGAUGACUUUGAAAAAGACCCAUUGAAGAUCAAUGCCAAUGUGUGGAAUUCUGGUGCACGGUCCUUGAUGUCACACAAAGCGCCAACAGCACUACUUCUCAACCCUGAUCUAUCUUUCAAUUCUUUUGGAUAUGAUGCAGAGAAUAAUUAUUCACAACUAGCAGAGGAUAAUGAGCAUCAGAAUUACUACUUUUUCCAUCGUUUCAAGAUGGUUCUCCAUAACAACAAGGCCUUGCGAAGGGACACAAGAGUUGAAGAGGUUACAGGAAAGAAAACAUUACCUGCAAUAGAUGUGUUCUCUCAUGCCAUCCGUUACCUGAAAGAUCACUUGAUGCAAACCAUCCAAAAGAUGGUUGAAGGAAUUAACUCUAAUGAUAUCAAAUUUGUAAUUACUGUACCAGCAAUAUGGGAUGACAGGGCCAAACAAUUCAUGCGAGAAGCAGCCAAGAAAGGAGGUAUCAGAGAGACACAACUGUCUAUAGCUUUGGAACCAGAGGCGGCCUCCAUCUAUUGUCAGAACCUCCCAGUGGAGAGAGCUGGAGCUGGAAAUGAAAGUUUUCUUAAAGUUGCUAAAUCAGGAACAAAGUACAUGGUGUUGGACUUGGGAGGUGGGACAGCUGACAUCACUGUCCAUCAGCGACAGCAUGAUGGCACACUUAAAGAACUGCUUCCAGCAACAGGGGGUGCAUUUGGUGGGAAAUCUGUAGAUGACGCAUUCAGUGCUUGUCUUGCAGAUAUUGUUGGUGAGGAAAACAUGAAGAAAUUACAGGAUGAAAGCAUGGAGGAUUUCAUUGAUCUUUUCCGAGAAUUCGAAACAAAGAAAAGAGCAAUUUAUGAAGAUAAGCCAACGAAAUUAUCAAUAACAGUGCCUGUAACCUUAGUGGACAUUGUAAGGAGAGAUAAAACAAGGAGAAAAAUGGAAGAUGCUGUGAAAUCCUCUCCCUUUAGCGAAGACAUCACUUGGGGCAAACAGAAACUACAGAUUUCAAAUAAUCAGUUCCAAAAACUUUUCAAACCAACGAUUGACGGAAUUAUAAAACACAUGGAAGGAAUACUGCAACAAGGAACAUUCCAAGAUGUUGGGAAUAUACUAAUGGUGGGGGGUUUUGCAGAAUGCGAACUUGUUCAAAGUGCUAUCCGUAAAAAGUUUGGUAAAAAACGGAUUAUUGUACCAGAUGAGGCUGGUCUGGCUGUACUCAAGGGAGCUGUACUCUUUGGUCAUGUUCCUCGGAUAAUCAGCAGUAGAGUUGCACAGCACACCUAUGGAAUUCAGAGUUGGCCAGCGUUUGAUCCUCGCAGACAUCCUGCUUCAAAGAAGGUUUUAAUCAAUGGAGUUGAAAGGUGCAAGGAUGCAUUCUUCAAGUACAUAGAGAUUGGACAGCAAGUAACACCUGGUCAUUCAGAGUCACAAGUGUUUCAGGCACUGAAGCCAGACGAGGCAACACUUGAGUGUACUGUGUAUGUAUCAAAUGAAAGAAACCCUGUCUUUGUAGAUGAUGAAGGUUGCACUCGAUUAGGACUUCUCACUGUUCCCUUAGAUCCAACACGUACAGGAGCAGUGGAGGUGGAAGAGACACUUAUAUUUGGAGAAACUGAGCUUCAUGUUCAGGCAAAGGACAUUGGUACUGGAAAUAUGUAUGAGGCUCACUUUGACUUUCUGGGCGGUGGUAUUUAAAGAUAUACUGGGAAUGACAUUGAUCAGAGACGUAUGGCAGCCAUUGAGUAACCAAGAUAGGACUAAGCUGUGAUAAUUAGGAUUAUACAUGUGUACAUGGUUGUGUAUAAAACAUGGACCAAAUAGUGGUUAUAAGUUUAUCAGAAAUAUACACUUUAUGUAAAUCCUCAUUGAGUAAGACUCUGGGGUAGAAAUGAGAUAAAGUGGUUAUAGUACCAUUAUCUAUUUGUUUAUAGAACAUUUAUAAUGUUUACUAUCAUUGGGCAUACAAUCAUGAUUCUGUGUUUUAGACGCUUGGGUGCCAUAUAAAAGCAUCACUGACAGGACAGUGCUAUCAAACAUUUGUUUAGUAUACAAUAACAUGAUAUCUGUAUUGCUUACUUAUAUUCCAGAAUUUUUAUGUACUUCAUAACAUAGGAUUGAUGCACAUGAAGAAUACAAAAGGCAGAAAUGAUGUGAAGGCCAACACAUGAAUUAGAAAAGCUGAACAAUAUUACAACCAAAAGAGAGGGAAAUUAAUUGAACUAAGAAAAAGAUCUCACUUGGCAAUUGAUAUAUUUAGUUUAUCCUGCAACUGUCGCUGUCAUUGUCGAAAAACACCUGCUACAUAUAUUUUUGUUGUAUUCGGCAGUGAAAGAAUUACUUUCUGAAUUUACUUGAAUAUUAUGUCAAGAGAUAUAAAAAGUUGUUGAAAUAAGAAUUCUAUAUGUUGUGAUGACAAAUUGAUUUAUGAAAAUUCAUAAAAAUGGUUGUUAUAUCAGAUGAAGUUUGGAACCAUAAUUCCAUGUGGAGCAAUCACUUUUUGCUAAUUCUAACUGACUUGUUUUUCCCUUGCAUAGACAGUGUAUUUGUAGAAUAUAGAAUUGCCCAAAUAUUGGUUUAAAAUGACAAGUAAAACAAAAUUUCUAUCAAUGUGGUGUCCUGUUAAGACAGUGUUGUUGUCAAUGUCUUCCUGUGGUAUAGUAUCUGCAAAUGACUUACUGGUUCCGGUCAUUGACUACCACAGGUACAUUACAUAACCUUUAGAGUUUCAGCACUAUGAAUGGAGUUAUUGUCCUUGAUCAACAUACAGUUGAAACUCAUUGUCUCCAUAUCACUUGAUUCGAAAUUCCAUUUGAGUCAAAAUAAUUUACAAGUCCCGAUUUUUUCCAUUCAACAUCUUUGUGUUUUUAGUUUGGAUGACUUGAAUUUCAUUGAGUCGAAAUUUCGGUUGAGUCAAAGCGAUUUUUAAGUCCAUUUUACUGUAAAGCAAGGGAAAAAUCAUUUGUUGUCUCGAACUUACUUUUCAUCAAAACAUUGGCACGUCUUCUGACAAAAUAAGUCAAUAUAUACACAGAGUAGAAAGUCACCCCUGCAUAACACUUGGCUUAUUACAGCGUAUCGGUCCCUCGAACACUUUGUCACUUACAAUUAAUCACCAGUUUGAUUAUCCAAUUAAAGUUUGGCUUCUUACUUAGUGUCACAAUCCUGUAGCAAUGACUUACCUGUUGUUAAAAAUGUAGCAUGUUUACAUGAAAAUAUUUAGCUUGGUUGUGUGCAUUUUCAGGAGCGAUAAAAACGAAACCGUUGAACCAGUUCAUACAUUUUGAUGAAAUCUGAUCCCCACAAUUUUGAAAGAAACUUAUUCUAAGUUUGUUAAGUAAAGGACUGUGAUCGGGCACUUUGUCAGAAUGUAUUUUUCAUCAAUAGAGUCCAUAUCUCUGCGUGAUUUGUUAAGUCUAAUGCUUGUACAAUGUUUCUGUAACAGAUAAAAACUCUCCAGUGCCGCAUUUAUCAUACAUGUAUUUAUUCAUCAUAUAGUCAUACUGAUCUGUAGCCUCAUACAUCGUUUCUUGAAGCCUAUCAAAAGCAAAUUUAAAUUUCAUUUUAUUUUAUUCCGUAAACUAUAUGAUGUAUAUGUGCUUAGGUAUUGUGCACGAGUGCGGAACAGACAACAAUUAAAGGAGAAAGUAGGAUAAAUUCAUUUGUUCAUUUACUGCCAUUUCAAAUAUUAGAUUAAACUAUGCUGUUUACAUGCUAUCGUAGCCCAACUUUGUUCAACCGUAAUAAAUGUCAGAAACUGAUAUCAUCAGCCUUAUUUAUACACGAGUCGAAAUAUGGAUAAAUCAAAAUAUUUUCCACAGUCCCUUGAAUUUCGAGAUAAGGAGUUUCGACUGUAACUUUUUGUGGUGUGUUUUAAUUAACUGAUGUUAAAUAUAUAGUAUGUACUGAAUCUGCUGAUCAGGUUUCUUAAAUCUGUAAAUCAUUCUAUUAGUAAUAUAAUAAUAACUCAUAUUGCACUGCUUGAUUUGUUACAAGUUAUGAAUUAACCUAUCUGAUGUAUGUGUAUCUUGAAUGUGUUUCGAUUAUUAUCGAACUACUGUCUAGGUCAGGAGAAAUUCUUAUUUCGAUUCUUUUUCUGCAAGUGUUUAUUUUUGUCAUCAUCUAAUGUAAAGAGUGAAUAUUUACCAAAUACGUUCCUAUCCAAUAUCAUGAAUCAUGUGCAUUAGAGAUCACCUCUGCAACAAUCUCAAAUAUUAAUGAAUAUUUUUA